GGUGGACUUAUGAAUGGGGGACAGACUGGUGAAGAGAUGACCAGGGAAGGGUCAGUUAGACAAGUCCUUGGUGACGGACAGACAGACCUGGACAGGAAGAGGGAGAGAUGUAUGGUGGUGAUUAGCCAACUAUGAUUCUGUUCCUUUAUUCUUAUAUUAAGUAGGCCUGAGUGUGCAGCAAGAAAUGACACAGGUACAAACCUGCAUACACAAACAUUAACAUUGACUUCUGGUGGUAAUCAAUUUUAUGUCAAUAACAAAAACUGGGCCGAGAGAGAGCACCUGGGAGUGGGUGGGAUCAGAUGGGCUGAUUUCCAUGUGAGAUUUGGAGGAAUGAUAUUUCAGACACAGCAAACAGCAACGGCAAAGGCCCUGAGUUGCAAAUAAGCUUGGUGUGGUCAAGGAAUGGAAGGGAGGUCAGAACAGAAAGCAAGGGGGGCAGGAAUGGUAGAUGAGGUCAUCAGGGGCCUGGAAGUCUUAGGCAGGGAGGUAGAUUCUAUUUUUAAGUGUAUGUAAAGUCAGGGAAGAAUUUUAGUAGCAGAAAGACAUAAACCUGGCUUGGGCUUCAAAAAGCUCCCCCUGGCUGCUUGUAGAGGAAUAGAGGGUAGGCAGCAAGAGCGGAAGCUGAGUCGGGGCUGGUGCAGUAAUCCGGGUGAGAGGGGAUGGUGGCCAGGGUCAAAGGGUGGUGGGGCAGAUGGUGAGAAGUGAUUGAAUUCAGGAGACAUGGGAACAUGGAUAAGAAGGGUAGGCCGCCAGACAGGUCACUCCUCAGAGAGGGGACAUUCAGAGAAUGGGGCCAAACAGAGUGAGAAGUCCAGGGAUUAGGAGGUCACCAAUCUGAAGACAAUCUUACAGAGCCUGGUGGAGUACUCCCAGGAUGUCCUGGGGCAUCCCAUUUUGGAGCAGCACCUUCCAGAUGUGAGCCUCAUUGGCGAGUUCUCAGACCCAGAAGAGCUUGGCAAGCUGCUUCAGCUGGUUCUGGGCUGUGCCAUCAGUUGCGAGAAAAAGCAGGGUAUGGGAGGUUAGGAGGUCCCUAGGGGAAGACCUGAAAAAAUCCUCCUUGUCUCUCCCCACCGGCCCCCAUCUCAGCCUCCCCCACCUUGAUCCCCAGAGCACAUCCAGAGAAUCAUGACACUUGAAGAAUCAGUUCAGCAUGUGGUGAUGGAAGCCAUCCAGGAGCUCAUGAGCAAAGACAUCUCUGACUCUCUGUCAUCGGACACAUAUGGGAACUUUGAUAGCCAGUCACGCAGGUACUACUUCCUGAGUGAGGAGGCUGAUGAGGGCGAUGACCUGCGGCAGCGGUGUCUGGACCUGGAGCGGCAGCUGGUACUGCUGUCAGAGGAGAAGCAGAGCCUGGCUCAGGAGAACGCAGUGCUGAGGGAGCGGGUGGGCCAGCCAGAGGGUGAGGGCACCACUGGCCUCACCACCAAGAAGCUGCUGCUGCUGCAGUCCCAGCUGGAGCAGCUGCAGGAGGAGAACUUCAGGCUGGAGAACGGCAGGGAGGAUGAACGUCUGCGCUGUGCUGAGCUGGAGCGAGAGGUCAUGGAGCUGCAACAGCGGAACCAGGCACUGACCAGCCUGGCCCAGGAGGCGCAGGCCCUGAAGGAUGAGAUGGAUGAGCUUCGGCAGUCCUCAGAGCGGGCUGGGCAGCUGGAAGCCACGCUGAGCAGCUGCCGUCGCCGCCUCGGCGAGCUGCGGGAGCUGCGGCGGCAGGUGCGACAGCUGGAGGAGCGCAAUGCUGGCCACGCAGAGCGCACGCGGCAGCUGGAAGACGAGCUGCGCCGGGCGGGCUCCCUGCGCGCCCAGCUAGAGGCGCAGCGGCGGCAGGUUCAGGAACUGCAGGGCCAGUGGCAGGAGGAGGCCAUGAAGGCAGAGAAAUGGCUGUUUGAGUGCCGCAAUCUGGAGGAGAAGUAUGAUUUGGUGACAAAGGAGAAGGAGCGGCUGUUGGCAGAGCGGGACUCCCUGAGGGAGGCCAAUGAGGAGCUGCGCUGUGCCCAGAUGCAGCCUCGGGGGCUGAGCCAGGCUGACCCCUCACUGGAUCCUACCUCACCAGCUGUGGAAAAUUUAGCAGCUGAGAUCCUACCUGCGGAGCUCAGGGAGACGCUCCUGCGGCUUCAGCUGGAGAACAAGCGCUUGUGCCAGCAGGAGGCGGCCGACCGGGAGCGGCAGGAGGAGCUGCAGCGCCACCUGGAGGAGGCCAACCGCGCGCGCCACGGCCUGGAGACUCAGCACCGGCUGAACCAGCAGCAGCUAUCGGAGCUGCGGGCCCAGGUGGAGGACCUGCAGAAGGCCCUGCAGGAGCAGGGGGGCAAGACUGAGGACUCCAUUUCAACCCUGCUGAAGAGAAAGCUGGAGGAACAUCUGCAGAAGCUGCAUGAGGCGGAGCUGGAGCUGCAGCGGAAGCGCGAGUACAUCGAGGAGCUAGAGCCUCCGGCCGACAGCAACACAGCCCGGCGCAUUGAGGAGCUGCAGCACAGCCUGCAGAAGAAGGACGCGGACUUGAGGGCUAUGGAGGAUCGGUACCGCCGCUACGUGGACAGAGCCCGUAUGGUCAUGCAGACCCUGGAACCCAAGCAGCGGCCACCUGGGGGGGCUCCCCCUGAACUCCAUUCCCUGAGGACACAGCUCCGGGAGCGGGACGUCCGAAUUCGGCACCUGGAGAUGGACUUUGAGAAGAGUCGAAGUCAGCGGGAGCAGGAGGAAAAGCUGCUCAUCAGUGCCUGGUAUAAUAUGGGUAUGGCUCUGCAGCAGCGAGCUGGGGAAGAGCGGGCACCUGCCCAUGCCCAGUCGUUCCUGGCACAGCAGCGGCUGGCCACCAACGCUCGCCGUGGACCCCUGGGACGCCUCACGUCCCUGAACAUGCGUCCCACUGACAAACACUGAUGGAUCUCAGGAUCCUACCAUCUGCCGAGCCAAUCAGGGCUUAAUCCACUCUGGAUUCCCCCAGCUUAUGGGGGGGAGCCCAGCAUUUUGCCUCAGCCAGCUACCUGAGAACCUUGAGGUCAUGAUUUUCUGCCCUUUGCCCUCCCAGGUGGGACAAGAGGGCAGCAUGAGGCGAGAGGCAGGAAUGGGCCUAUUCUUUUGAGCAAUGUGAUUCUUAUUCUUGAUUUUCUCCCUGGGGUUAGUGAGCUGCCAGGAGAAAGAGUGAUUUUAUAUUUGAGAAGAAAAAUAAUAAAAGACUUUCGAUCUGC